AUGAAGAGAUUAGCAGGUAUUCUUAACGAACUUGGAUCAACAGAUAAGUGUAUCAAAGUAUAUCAGGAUCUAUUAGAUGAAACAGAAGAUGAUAAAAAUAAGCUAGAGAUAAAACAGACUAUGAUCAAACUUUUAGAAAGUCAAGAUGUUGUUCAAACAAAAUUAUUGUUUGAUUGUUAUGAUAGUUGUUUAGAAGGUGGACAGCUUACACCUGAUGAGAAAGAAGCCAUGUUAACUGGUUAUGUAUCUAUUAUUGUAGAUAAAAUGCCAAAAGAUGUGAUUGAAGUUGAAAUAAACAAGUUAUCUCAAAUAUCAAGGAUGGCUAAGAAAUGUUAUGAGAAAGCGUACCACCUAGAUUGUACAUUAGAAGAAGCUGGUGCUGCUGUAUGUGAUAUUAUGACUUCUAUUGGUGAACAGGAUGCUGCAUAUGAUCUGUUGUUGAAAGUUACAAAUGAAGCCAGUGCUGGGAGCGCUAAAUGGGCAUGGUUGCGACUUGGAUUAUGUCAGAUUAAAUUAGAUAAUGCUGUAGCAGCUAUAUCUUCAUUUCAGUCAGCUUUACGAGCAGAUACAACUGACAAAAUAGCAACCAUUACUCAAACAUUAGGGAUUUAUGAUGAAGCUGUCACAACUUAUAAAGACAUCUUAGAUAUAUCACCUAACUAUGUUCCAGCAUUAAAAGGAUUGGGUGAGACUAAUUUAUUAAUGGCUAGAAGUCAUUUGAAUCAGAAUCUAGAUGGCAGGGUUAAAGAUAAUUGUGAAGAAGCCCUGGUAUUUCUUACAAAGGCAGCCAGUGAACGAUCUGAUAUGUCAUGUUUGUGGAAAUUACUUGGUGAUGCUUGUAUCUUGGUGCUACCAUUAGCAUCAGACAACUUUAUCUUGUCUGUACCAAAGAAACUAUUAGAAAAAUGUGAUAAAAAUUCUGAUGAAUUGGUAGCAAUAAAGAAACGUGAAGUUAUUCAACUUAGCACAAGGUGUUAUGGAAGAGCAUUAAAAAUUUUGCCAGAAAAUUCAAUGUUGUGGCAUGACUUGGGUAUUGCAUAUUUCCACCUGUCAGAAUUAGUUCAAGAAAAAGUGAAUAAUCCUGAACUAGCUCAACAUUGUUUUAUUAAAUCAGUUAACACAGAGACAAAUAAUGUUGUAGCGUGGACAAAUCUUGGAACUCUUUAUCUUAUUCAUGACAAUUCAGAAGGCUCAGUUGGUUAUGCUCACUGGGUGUGUACAAGAUGUAAUGAUGAUACAACAGCAUUGAAUAUGUAUGGUCUUCUACUUGAACAACAAACUUUUUAUAGUUCAGCUUCCACAGCUUUAGAAAGUAAACAGAACUUAUAUGAAAAGUCAAUAGAGAUUUACAAACAGACAACAUCUAUAGAACAAGCAGAAGAUAUUUGUUACUAUGGCUACACUUUAUAUAAGGCAGGUGAUCUAGCAGAAAGUUUUAAAGCAUAUGAAAAAGCUGCUGAAAUAGUUGAGAAAGAUGAUGACAGAUCACAUGUUUAUGCUGCUCUAGGAAUGGUGUCCUAUAAAUUUGGUGAUUUAGAUGGUGCCAAAACAGCACUGUUCACAGGAUCACAGACCAGUCCACCCUCGAUUAUAGGUCUCAAAGCUCUGUGUGGUUUGGGUCUGUUACAAUCUGAUGUUACCUUGGUGACAGCUGUUUUACAAGAACUGGUUAAACAGGAAGACAAUCAACACAGUGAUACAAUGUGGUUUACUGUGGUUCUAGAUCUUGUUCAGGGUAACUUUAUUCAGCCAAUGAGAUAUCUACAGAGAACUAUUCAUACCAAUCCUAGAUUAUAUGAAACAUGGUUGGUGUUAGCUGAACUAUUGGUUAAAUAUUUUCCUGAACGUGGAACAGCAUCAGCUAAUUGUAUCAGAGUAGGAAAAUAUAUUAGUCAAGUUAAUCAAGAGGUUAGUGAAGUAUUUAUGAUUUGA